AUGCAUACCCAGCCGUGGCUCCUGAUCCCAGCCCUCUUCCUUGCUGUACAACUCAUCCUUCGGCUAAGUCGAGCUGUCCUAUCACCAUUGAAAGAUAUCCCAGGUCCCUUCUGGACGCGUUUCACGUCAUUGUGGUAUUUUAGUCGCGUGCGUCAUGGUCAGUUCGAGCAGGACAAUAUCAAGCUACAUCGGCAAUAUGGUGCGAUCGUCCGCAUUGCUCCCAACCAGUACAGCAUCGACGACAUCUCGGCCAUAAAGACGAUCUAUGGACCCGGUUCUCAAUUUGCCAAAUCUGCCUGGUAUGAUGGGUGGAAACAUCCCCAGCAGUGGACUCUAUUCGCGGAUCGUGAUAUCAAGCGACAUGCCGAUACUCGAAAGCAGUUCGCGAAUCUGUAUUCCAUGAGCUCGCUGGUUCACUAUGAAGCCUUUGUAGACCACUGCGCAGGUCUAUUUAUGCAACGUCUGGGUGACUUUGCUGACAAGAAACAGUCGUUCAACCUGGGGCGUUGGUUCCAGUGCUACGCUUUUGAUGUAAUUGGGAACAUCACAUUUGGCGAGCGUUUCGGGUUCCUGGACCGUGGCGAGGAUAUCGAUGGAGCCAUCGAUGCAGUGCACAGAGUGCUGAUGUACAGCACUAUGGUGGGAAUCUAUCCAGAAUGGCACCCACGCCUCUUUGGCUUGCUAAGUAAAUUUAAAUGGUCCGGCGCCAGUGGAAGGGCAUAUAUUGCCAAGUUCGUGCGAGAAAAGAUUCGAAAUCAUGAGACGAACAAGAUCGAGGACGAAGCGGUCGAGACCAUUAAAACACAAAACUUUCUGGAGAAAUUGAUUCUGGCCCGUGAGAAGAACCCUGCAAAAGUGACAGACUACCACCUAUUCAUUAUGGCACAGACGAAUGUAGCGGCCGGAUCUGAUACAACGGCCAUCAGCUUAUCGGCCAUCAUGUGGCAUCUGCUGCAGAACCGCGAUAGCCUGAACAAAUUGCGUGCGGAAAUUGACGAGUUCGCAGCCAGAGGCAACGGUAGUCUCACCUUCAAGGACAGCCAGGACAUGCCGUACUUCCAAGCAGUCAUGAAGGAGGCGCUCCGUAUGCACAGCGCAACCGGCUUGCCAAUGUGGAGAGUUGUUCCAGCUGGAGGCGCUCAAUUAGGGGGCCGGUUCUUUUCCGAAGGUACAGUCGUCGGCGCUAAUACCUGGGUCGCACAUUAUGAUGAGCGAGUCUUUCCCAAUGCGAGGGCCUUCCGGCCCGAACGAUGGCUUGAGGCAGAAGCCGAGCCUGAGAGGUUGAAGGAAAUGAAUCAGAUGUAUAUGCCGUUUGGCCUUGGCUCCAGAAUAUGCAUAGGGAAGCAUGUCUCAAUUCUGGAGAUGUCAAAGUUGAUCCCCCGUCUGCUGCAAGACUUCGAAUUCACGCCCUUGAGAACGACCUGGUCCACUCAGAACUACUGGUUUGUGAAGCCCACGGACUUCGAGGUCCAGGUAAAACGACGGACAAAUGAGCUUUCAACAUAG